CACCUGGAAGGCAACCGCCUUGUUCUCACUUGCCUCGCUGAAGGGAGCUGGCCUUUGGAGUUCAAGUGGAUGCACAAUGACAGUGAGCUCACCACCUACAGCAGCGAAUAUAAGUACAUUAUCCCGUCCUUACAGAGGCUUGACGCUGGGUUUUACCGCUGUGUGGUGCGAAACAGGAUGGGAGCUCUCUUGCAGAGAAGAUCAGAAGUUCAAGUCGCAUAUAUGGGAAAUUUCAUGGAUACGGACCAGAGGAAAACGGUUUCUCAAGGACACGCAGCAGUUCUCGACUUCCUGCCCAUCAGCAGCUGCCCCAGACCGCAGGUGACGUGGUUUAGAGAAGGGCACAAGAUCGUUCCCAGCAGCAGAAUAGCCAUCACACUGGAAAAUCAACUGGUGAUCCUUGCAGCGACAGCGGGUGAUGCCAGGGUUUACUACGCGCAGGCCGUCAACGAACGCAACGGAGACAGCAAGACCAGCCCGCUCGUUCACCUGAGCGUAGCAGGAGAUGCUGGCGCCCCCGAAACCGUGGCUCCCGUCAUUGUGAUCCCCCCAGGCAACAGAAGUGUGGUGGCCGGGUCCAGCGAGAUCACCUUGGAAUGCGUGGCCAAUGCCAGGCCUGUUGAGUUGCUGAGCGUGAACUGGAAGAGAAACGGGGUAAGGGUCACCAGUGGGCUCCACGGCUUUGGGAGACGUCUCACCAUCAGCAACCCGACGUCCGCGGACACCGGGGCGUACGUCUGCGAGGCGACACUGACGGGAAGCACUUUCGAACCAGCCACGGCGAAAGCCUUUCUUUCUAUCAUAGAGCCACCAUAUUUUACCGCUGAGCCCGAGCGUCGGAUUUUAGUGGACGUGGAAGAAACCGUGGACAUCGUCUGUCGAGCAAUGGGGGUCCCUCUGCCCACUCUCCAGUGGUACAAGGAUGCCAUCUCCAUCGGCAAGCUCCACAAUCCUCGAUACAAAAUGCUUGCAAGCGGAGGCCUGCGCAUCCAGCAUCUGCGUCCAGAGGACUCUGGAAUCUUCCAGUGCUUUGCCAGUAACGAAGGAGGGGAGAUCCAGACCUACACGUACCUGGACGUCACCAAUGUCGCGCCAGCGUUCACCCAGCUGCCAGUGGACACCACGGUCACCGACGGGAUGACAGCCACUCUGAGGUGCGAGGUGUCCGGGGCGCCCAAGCCCGCCAUCACGUGGAGGAGAGGAAAACAUAUUUUGGCCAGUGGCUCUGUGCGCAUUCCUAGGUUUAUGCUUCUGGAAUCCGGGGGUCUGCAGAUAACCCCCGUCUUCAUCCAAGAUGCUGGCAACUACACCUGCUAUGCCACCAACACGGAGGGGUCCCUGAGCGCGUCUGCAGCACUGACUGUGUGGAAUCGUACGUCCAUCGUUAACCCUCCCGAGGACCGCGUGGUGAUUAAGGGGACCACGGCCACUCUGUACUGCGGAGCCACUCAUGACCCCCGGAUCACUCUCCGCUACGUGUGGAAGAAGGACAAUGCAAUCAUCACCCCAUCUGGCAGUUCCAGGAUCGUGGUGGAGAAGGACGGGUCCCUUGUCAUUAGCCAGACGUGGUCGGGUGACAUCGGAGACUACACCUGUGAAAUCCUCUCGGAAGGGGGGAAUGACUCCAGGACGGCCCGGCUGGAGGUGAUUGAACUGCCUCAUUCACCUCAGAACCUCCUGGCCAGCCUGAACUCUUCCCUCAGCCACGCCGUGACGCUCUCGUGGGUUCGACCCUUUGACGGAAACAGCCCAGUCCUCUAUUACAUCGUGGAGCUGUCUGAAAACAACUCUCCGUGGAAAGUGCAUCUGUCAAACGUCGGCCCCGAGAUGACAGGCGUCACCGUGCGCGGCCUGACUCCAGCUCGCACCUAUCAGUUCAGGGUGUGUGCCGUGAAUCAAGUGGGCAAGGGUCAGUACAGCGCAGAGACGAGCAGGUUGGUGUUGCCCGAAGAGCCGCCCAGCGCUCCCCCGAAGAAUAUCGUGGCCAGCGGGCGUACCAAUCAGUCCAUCAUGGUCCAGUGGCAGCCGCCCCCAGAGACGGAGCACAACGGGGUGCUGCGCGGGUACAUCCUCAGGCGAGUAGCCUGUGCUUGGCCGGCUCGAGGCUGUCGUCACGACGUCAGGGCUCUGUUUCGCUGGGGGCGGCCUUGCAGAGAGCGUCUGCAUAUCCGGCCUAGCAUGUGCACACCAGAACCCUGCACCGAUGGUGACAUUUGGUGGAAGAUUGAAGGGGGGGACGUGAUGAGUCGGGGUCAGGGUGUGCUUUCCAUCGUGAAUCCAGGGGCACACAUUAUUUACUGUAAUAAUUUUUAACUAACAGUAGUGCAACCGAUUUAAUCAUUAGCCAGUCGUUCCCAUGCUGGCUAGCACGUUGUUCAGUAUUGCCAGGCCCUCUAGUGUUUCAAAGAAAUGUUUUAAAAACCUACCUUUUUACAUGCGAUCUCACAGCUUUUAAAUGUCAGAAAUGAAGUCGGCCCGUUUUGGACCACAGUGCAGGCCGAGCUCACUCUUCUGCAGGCCAUAUGUGGCCCCACGUUGUGGCCACUUUGUUUUCUCUGCCUUGUGAGGGUGGUCAGGCUUCUAAGGAUGUCAAGAGGGCUCUCCCAGAUCUUGGCUAGGUUUGAGACGAGGAGUCCCUUUUGCCAAAACUACUGCUAAUUUUGAAAUUGCACCAGAUGUGAUCAUUGCAGUGGUUUGUUGACACGGUAGCAAGCAGGAAAAAGAAAAGCAGCCUCAAAGGAUAAUUAUGAAAUCGCUUCCAACAGACCGUGCAGCCACGGACGCGUUUGUUCACCGACAUGCACUGCGUGUCCCUCCCCAGCCUCCCCAGCGGGUGUCCGCCACUCCCUUCCUCCCAAUGCCAGGCCUCUGGCGCCCAUUCUGAGCGUGUGACCAGAAAAUAUGGGUGAACAAAGGUCUCAGGGGGCUAAAUGUAAUUUCUUAGACAAAUGUAAGAAGUUAUGAAGGUAUAGCUUUUUUAGCUCCAUUAUCUUUGCAUGUGGAGGACCAUUCCUUCCAAUAUAUAUUUAUGUAAUCAUCCAUUCAUUUAUCACACCUUUAUCCACGUGCACGUAUAAUUAGCCAAUCACCAACACUUCCUGCUAUUCUCAAGUCUUCCUCAAGCAUGUGAAUUGUCCUCUAAACAUAAGCUAGGCCAUUAUCCACCUGAAGGGGUUUAAGCGUGACCCCUAGCGGCCCACAGGGGCUGGAGGGCUGGAAUCGGCACUCGGGGUCUCUCUGGUCACUCUGCCUCCAAGUGUCCUCCCCCUUCCAACAAGAGACCUGGCACAGGGGCACCUGUGGGCUCUGGGCGGUUCCCAGAUCCCUCUAGAAAACUAGCUGGCCACCCACCCCCCACCCAGGUCUCCUGCCCGCUCCUGGGCCCUCACUUCAGCUGUCACUCUUGUCCCAUGCUCAUCAGCUAAUGAAAAUCAUUGCCUUGCCCUCCACCCAGCCCUUCACAUGCUUGUCAUUUCGGCCGCCUCUUUCUUUUCUUGAGCACACAGAAAAGGUUCCUCAGGCUCCAGCUGCCAAGUAAGGACUUUAAAAGUCAGCCUGCAGAACCAGGCUCGGGGCGUGGGGCUUAAUAAUGAAACCCCUCUGAUGUUACAAGUCCCCAUCGGGGACUGCACAUUUCUCCAUUUUGUGGGAUUACCGCUGUUAAAAGGAUUUUCUGUGAUAUGUUGGGAGAGUCGAGUGCUGGGAAGGAGGGCAUCUGUGUUUGUAGGGGUUUAAAUCAAGGAAGUCCUAAAAUGAGGGUGCACUAUCCAAGGCCUGUGAAUAUCAAAGUUUUCAGAAAUUAAAGACCCAUGCCAAAACAAA